AUGGAGAUCAUGCUGAGCCAAAGGCACCUCAGGGAGAGCAACAGCCUGUGGCCCAGCUCUCCAGAGUCCCUUUUUAGAGGGCCCUGGUGGCUCCUUGAGGUUCCCCUGAAAAGGGAAAGGGGGCCUGGGGAGGCUGCAACAGCCUCAAGCUACAGCCCUCCUCAAAGACCUCAGAGCUUUCCCCAGAGCCCCUGCCUAGAAUGCGGGCUGCCUGUCCUUCCCUCUCCAGAGCUAGCUGAGCAGCAGGCCUUGGGCUUUGGCUCUGAGUUCUGCGGCAAAGGCCCCGGGGUGCCUCCUGAGACAGGCCCAAACUUUCGAAGCCCUGAUCCUCAGGUGCACCGAGACUCCCUGAGCCCAAUGAAACCCCAGAAACCCUUACCAGGUGGGGCUCCGGCCUGGGGGGCUGCAGGGCUGCAGGGGAGCCCGCAGGGGCAGGCCAGCCCCCAGCUCCAGCCUGCUUCCUCCCUGCUCGCAGUUGUCCCACCUGGAGAGCUCCACCUGCCAGAAGCAGAGCUUUCCUUCCCCAAAACUGGCCCGCUGCAGAGAGCCCUGGCGGAGGGCAACUACCAGCCCCUCGGGCAGCUCACGCAAAUAUUCGAGAGUAACUUUUUCCAGGCUGCCUCACCAUCGGAGACUUCAAGUUCAGGGCCCUCCAGGUCCCCGUCGUGCUCGACUCCAGUCCAGACCUUGUCCUCCUGGCUGGGCCAUCACGAGGAUUCCAAGAGCUCGUCUUACUCAGGGCUGCUGCAGAGCUCCGAAAUUGAAUCUCAAGAGAGUAGUUCCAUGCUCAAUGACCCAUUAGAGCCCCAAGAACACCCCCAAGAGCACCCCCAAGACCAGAGGUAUCCCCAAGAGCAGCAGCAUCCCCAAGAGGGCCCCCAAGAGUGGCGAAAUUCAAAAAAGUUGCAGCAGCCACAGCCCCAAGAGAGCUGCCAUUCCAAAAAGCGGAAGCUUCUCCAAGAGCAGCCACACUCCGAAGAGUGGCGAAAUUCCAAAAAGCCGCAGCAGCCACAGCCCCAAGAGUGGCACCUUUCCAAAGAGCCACCGCAUCCCCAAGAGCCGGUUUGUCCCCAAGAGGGGCCACAGCCUCAGGAGGGCCCCCAAGAGUGGAGCCUUUACAAAGAGCUACCACGUGCCUAA